UUUGUACGUAUUCCCCCGGCCAUACUCAAACCAACCAUUUGUUUAUUCUUCUUCGCGGGUAAACUGCACAAGUUCCCAUCAACGGACCACCACAGCCACCCUUCCUUUCUGUUUCAACAAUUUCGCUGUUCCGGCACUUUCCCGUCUCUUUCUUAUCUCCCCAAUAACCCUAGAAACCAAUACACAGCCUACUCUCCACUCUCAUCAAUUCCUCAAAUGAACGUCUCCAAUCUCUGCCUUACACCACCUCACGCUCACAGCUCUCGUCUUUUCACCCCCCCUAUCCGUCAAUUCCGCCUUUACAGACGCCGUCGUAUCAAACGUGCGUCCACCAGAAACUUCACGCUUUACAACAACUUAUUUGAGCCCUUUCAGAACUUCCUCUCCCAAUCCCCCUCCUCCAUUUCUCUCGAUCUUCUCGCUCCCGUUCUAGGUCUCGCCUCCGGCUUAACGCUAUAUCUAUCGAAAUCCAACUCCAGUAGAUUCUCCAGUACUUCCGACAUUGGUGAGUGGAUUCUUUUCUCCAGUCCCACUCCGUUUAAUCGUUUUGUGUUGCUGCGUUGCCCUUCUAUAUCUUUUGAAGGGGGCGAGUUGUUAGAGGAUGUGAAUGAGAGGUUGGUAGAACAGGAUAGGCAUUUUGUGAAGCUCAACAGCGGGAGGAUUCAGGUCAGAGAAGUUGGCGUUGGUGGAUUGGAGGAGAAAUUGGAGUACCAGAGAGUGUGCGUUAGCACUCAGGAUGGUGGUGUUAUUUCGCUUGAUUGGCCGGCCAAUUUGGACUUGAGGGAGGAGCAUGGAUUGGAUACUACUCUGUUGCUUGUGCCGGGGACGGCUGAAGGGAGCCUGGAUGAGAAUAUCAGGUCGUUUGUGUGUGAAGCGCUUAGCCGCGGGUUUUUUCCGGUUGUCAUGAAUCCUAGAGGAUGUGCAGGUUCUCCGCUCACCACUGCACGGUUAUUUACAGCUGCUGACAGCGAUGAUAUCUCCACAGCUAUACAGUUCAUCAAUAAAGCAAGGCCAUGGACAUCACUGAUGGGUGUUGGCUGGGGAUACGGUGCAAACAUGUUGACUAAAUAUCUGGCAGAAGUUGGGGAGAGGACACCUCUUACGGCUGCCACAUGCAUUAAUAAUCCUUUUGACUUAGAGGAGGCCACAAGAUGCUCUCCUUAUCACAUUGCUUUGGAUCAGAAACUCACUGGUGGCCUGAUAGAUAUCCUGCGAUCUAACAAGGAACUGUUUCAAGGGAGAGCAAAAGGUUUUCAUGUGGAAAAGGCUUUAAUGGCAAAAUCUGUUCGUGAUUUUGAAAAAGCAAUAUCCAUGGUAUCUUAUGGUUUUGAGAAAAUAGAAGAGUUCUAUUCAAAAUCCAGCACACGAGAUGUGGUUGGAAAUGUGAAUAUUCCUGUUCUCUUUAUUCAGAACGAUGAUGGGACAGUACCAUUAUUUUCCACUCCACGCAGUUUAAUUGCAGAAAAUCCAUUUACAAGUCUCCUUUUAUGUUCUUGUAUGCCAUCUGGUAUUAUUGAGAAUGGUAGAGCGGCUCUAUCGUGGUGCCAUAAUCUUACUAUUGAGUGGCUAUCAGCAGUAGAGCUUGGGCUUUUGAAGGGUCGUCAUCCUCUUCUAAAAGAUGUGGAUGUUACCUUCAACCCUACAAAAAGUUUAACUCUUGUGGGAUGCAGGACAUCCAAGAAAGGUAUCAAACUUGAGAAAUUCUUAGAUCUUACUGCAAGUGACGCUAAUGGGUAUACCAUAGAUCCCAUGAAAGAAAGGAUUGACGAUAGUUAUACUUCUGCCCAAUCAAGAUCCAGAAGAGAUUCAUAUAGAAAUUUGGAAUUUAAAGAGGGAUUGCAAGAAGUAGAAAAUGGUGCAUUUCAGCAGACUAGCUCUGUUGAUGUAGAAUUGGCCAAAGAGGAGGUAGCUGAUUCUGUAGAUACUGAAAGUGGUCAAGUGCUACAAACAGCAAAGGUGGUAAUGAAUAUGCUUGAUGUUACUGUGCCUGGCAUUCUGGAAGAAGAAGAAAAGAAUAAGGUGUUGAGUGCUGUGGGUCAAGGAGAGACUCUUAUGAAAGCUUUGCAAGAUGCUGUGCCAGAAGAUGUUCGUGGAAAGCUUACAGGCGCCGUGACAGGAAUUUUGCAUGCGCAAAACACAAACUUAAAACUUGAUGGACUUCUUGGUAAAGUUCCUGCUGUGUCAUCAGCGAUUAAAUCAAAGUUCCAGGAAAAGAGCAGAGGAGCAUCAAAUGAUGAAGCUACACUUAAUGAUCCUCAGUCUUUAGAUGAGAUGAAAAUUCCUGAUGAUUUAGCAGAUGUCUCUGGUAACAAUCAACCUGGAUCGGACAAGUCUACUGCUGGGCUGGAACCAGAACAUCACUCUUCAGAAAAUUUGCAUAACUCUAGUGAUUUGGGGCAGCCUCAAACAGUGAACAUUCAGCAAGGUGAUCCUUAUGGUUCUGUUAAGGGCACAAAUGAGCCAGGAAAUAAUCAUGAAAGUAAUGAGCUUGUCAAAGAAAAAGCUGCUUCAUAUUCUAACAGUGUUGAAAAGGGAUUGGAGACCAGCACUAAGCAAAGUGUUACUAGCCGCACUGAAAAUGCAGCUGGCACUGAGGAAGCAGUUGUUGAUGAGUACAAGGUGGAUGAGGAUGGUGGAAUGCCUCAGCUAGAAAUGAUAAGGGAGACUAAUACCCAGAAAAACGAAGAGAAAAUGCCAAAUUCUUCAACUGAUCAAAGUAAGAUGGCAUCAGGCAAUAUGGUUGAAGAAGCUUCUUCACCUGCAGUAUUUUCUUCUGACUCCCAGCCAAUGGGAAAUGACAGCAGUGAUACUCAGAAGAGGGACAACAAAGCAGUGCAGCCUGUUUCUGAUCAAAAUAAACCAAUUGCGUCUGAUUCUAAUUCCCCUACAUUCAAUGUUGCUCAGGCAUUAGAUGCCUUAACAGGGAUGGAUGAUUCCACCCAAGUGGCCGUUAACAGUGUUUUUGGUGUCAUAGAAGACAUUAUUUCUCAGUUGGAAGAGGAAAAAGACGAUGAGAACAAAAUCCAGGAUAGAGAUGAGGUUGAAGGUGAGACAGUUGACUCUAGGUCCAAGAAAGAGAAUGCCAGUGGUGAUAGCUUGUUAAAAAUGAAUGGUAAGAAUGACUUGACCAUGCAACCUGGUAUUUCACAGGAUUCUGCUGUAUAUAAGCACAAAGCGAAUGGUGUUAACCCACAGAAUGUUGCGAAUACUGGAAGAGUAGAGGAGAAACUCACUGGGAAUUCUGUUUUAUAUGGUGAGAAUGGUGCUGAUGGUUCCCAGGAAAGUACUUCCAGUAACUAUACAUAUAAGAAAGGAAUAAAGAAGAAUCAAUUAGUUGGUUUCAAAUUUUUGGCUGAUUAUGCUGAUAAACAUGUAAAUAGCAUUCCAUUAUACAUAACAGCAAAUCCAUAUGGGGACUAUCUACAGAAUGAAUACUUCCGCAGGUAUCUUCUCUCAAAGAUGCCAAAUGGCAAACCACUUGAUUUAGAUACGACUACUGCUCUAUUGCUUGACUAUUUCCCUGAAGAAGGUCAGUGGAAACUCCUGGAGCAACCAGGAAAUAUUGGAGAAUCUAUAGAUGAUGUUACAGCUUAUAAGGAUCAGAUACAUUCACCUGUAAAGGUGAAUGAUACAGACAACUAUAUUGAACCAUCGUAUGUACUACUAGAUGCUGAAAAACAACAGGAAACUGUUGGAGAAUAUAGCGUAGUGGACAAUUUUGAUGAAAAUGUUGAAAAUGGUGAUUAUAGAUUAGAAGAGGUGAUGCAAUUUGUGAAAAUUCUUAUAGUGGAUGCUUUAAGGUUUGAAAUUGAUCGCAAGUUCAGUACAGAUGACAUGAAAGAAAUGGAAUCCACUCUCACUAGUGAUCUUGAGCAAGUGGCAAAUGCUGUUUCUCUAGCCAUAGGACAGGAGGGCACUUUGUGCUUGCAAGGCAAAGACUUCAGUAUUGUCAGUGCUUCUGAAAAAAUGGGAACUCUUCAAGGAGAGUGUAUAGUAAGGGCCAUUUCUUCCGCUGUUCUGAGCACGAGCUAUCUGAGAAGUGUUUUGCCUGUUGGUGUUGUUAUAGGCUCUAGCUUAGCUGCUUUGAGAAAAUAUUUCAAUGUAGGUACCAGGUAUGAUAAUGACCUGACAUUGAAUGCCCAAACAAAGAUAUCCAGGGAAGAAAAUCUAGAUAAGUCCAGCAUUAAGGAGGCUGAUCAGCAGCUUACUACUGGAAUGGAUCAAACUAUUAGUGUGAACAUUACAAGGGGGAGAGUGGGGGAAGAAGCUGAAUUGAAAAAUACAAACAAUGACACAGUCAUGGUUGGGGCUGUUACAGCUGCCCUUGGAGCAUCUGCUUUACUGGUACAGCAACAGAGUCCAUUCUACGGCAAAGAAACUGAAGAAAGUUCAUUGAAGUCCUUGAAUAAGAAAGUAGAUGAUGUGAAGGCAGUUGAAAAGGCCGACGAAGCAGUCUCUGAAAAAAUACAGAAUAAUGUAGUUGCAAGCCUUGCUGAGAAAGCCAUGUCAGUUGCUGGUCCAGUAGUUCCUACAAAUGAAGAUGGUGAAGUGGAUCAAGAAAGGCUGGUUGCAAUGCUAGCAGACUUGGGACAAAGGGGUGGCUUGUUGAGACUGGUUGGUAAAGUUGCUUUGCUUUGGGGUGGCUUACGCGGUGCUACUAGUCUGACCGACAGGCUUAUUUCAUUUCUACGUAUGGCUGAGCGCCCCUUGUACCAGAGGAUUAUUGGGUUUGUUGGGAUGGUGCUUGUUCUGUGGUCUCCAAUCAUUGUGCCGUUGCUUCCAACACUUGUGCAGAGCUGGACGACGAACAAUCCCUCCAGAUUUGCUAGCCUUGUUAGCAUUAUUGGCCUUUAUAUGGCUGUUAUGAUACUUGUUAUGCUAUGGGGCAGAAGAAUUCGUGGGUAUGAAGAUCCACUAGAGGAAUAUGGUUUGGACCUUAUGAAACCACAUAAGAUCAAAAAUUUUUUUAUGGGAUUGAUUGGAGGAGUCACGCUUGUUUUAUCAAUACAGUCCAUAAAUGCUUUAUUGGGCUGUGUGAGUUUCUCAUGGCCUUCAAGUCUUCCUACGUCUUCUUCAGAUGCCAUGGUAUGUCUCAAAGUAUAUGGGCAGGUAAUCAUACUGACUGGUCGAGGAAUUGUUACAGCAACCGGUCUUGUGCUUGUUGAAGAACUGCUUUUUAGAUCAUGGUUACCUGAUGAAAUUGCCACUGAUCUUGGUUAUCAUCAAGGAAUUAUCAUUUCAGGACUAGCAUUUUCUCUUCUCCAGAGGUCUCUGUUGGCAAUACCAGGGCUUUGGCUUUUGUCUUUGGCUCUGGCAGGGUUGCGGCAAAGGAGUGAAGGCAGCCUUUCCUUUCCAAUUGGGUUACAUGCAGGGAUCACAGCUUCAAGUUUUAUUUUGCGAACAAGUGGAUUUUUGACCUAUAAACCCAACUAUCCUCUCUGGGUAACGGGUACUCACUCAUUCCAACCUUUUAGUGGGGUAGUUGGUCUUGCAUUUUCUUCGUUAUUAGCUAUAAUUCUGUAUCCAAGGGAGUCUCUACCAAAAAAUGAAAGAAUUGAGUAGGACUAUUGAGGAAUAAACAGUGAUUUUGUCAGUUAAAAGAAGCAAUGGUUUUAGGACGGCGCAGUUAGUAUGGUUUGGUAUGGUAGCUGGUUUCAACUUAUACUCUCCAGCCUGCUAUCGUUAGAAUGCCUUUGGGAAGAAAGGGGGAAAUAAAAGGUGCACAAGCACAGAGGAAUUAAAGAGAUUCUUUCGCGGUGGUGUUCCUAAUCUCAAAAAUCUGAGGUUGCGGUUGCUUGAGUGCGCAUUUAGGUCAGGAGGAAAAGACAAAAAAAGAAGCAAAAAGCAAAGUCUGCCGGUGUACAGCUGUUUAGUAGAAAACGAAAGGUAGGGUUUCGGUGUAUGGUCGAUAUAAAAUCUCAAAAUGCAGAGAUGAGAGAGCAGAGCAUUUUGCAAGUUAAUUGUAUGUAUAAAUUUUGACAUACGCCCUUUCAACGCAUAAAAUAUACGAGGAUUUAUGACGA